AUUGACUACUGAUUGAUCGAUCGAUCGACCCGCGCCGUCGUCGUCGUCGUCGAUCGAGGCGGCAGAUAGGGGGAGGUGUCAGCGAAGAUGCUGGCAUGCAUCGCGUGCUCCUCCAAGGAAGGCGGGGAGGACGGGUCCCGUGGCGCGGCCACGCCUCACAGCAGAGAUGCCGUCAAGUCCCUCGCCUCACAGCUCAAGGACAUGGUGCUCAAGUUCUCCGGCUCCAACAAGCAGCACUACAAGGCGGCGGCCGGCAGUCCGUCGUUCAGGAGCAGGAGCUACCGCCGUCCGUAUCCGGGCUUCAUCGAUGACUCUGCCUUCAUGACGACGACCAGGCCGGGAGGCGAGGCCUACAUGUACACGAGGGCGACCGCUACUGCGGCGGCGCCACCUGUGCGAGCCGCCUCGACGUCGAUGGCGACAUGGGACAUGACCAGGAGCAAGAGCAACCGCGUCUGGCAGCAGGAUGCUGGCAGGAGCCCCGGCGGAGCCACAUGGAUCCCGAGCAUUGAGGAGGAGGCCGGCGACGAGGUCACCGUCAUGGAGGAUGUUGUGCCGAGAGAGUGGACGGCGCAAGUUGAGCCCGGUGUCCAGAUCACCUUCGUCACCCUCCCCGGCGGUGGCAAUGACCUCAAGCGCAUCCGGUUCAGCCGAGAGAUUUUCAACAAGUGGGAGGCGCAGCGUUGGUGGGGCGAGAACUACGACCGCAUCGUCGAGCUGUACAACGUACAUACGUUCAGCGGCCGGCAGCAGGGCGUCUCCACUCCGACGUCCUCCGUCGACGACUCUGUGCUGAGGGAGUCGUCGUUCUGCUCCAGGGGUGGAUCGACCAGGGAGAGCCCGGUGGUGACGCCGGCAGCGUCGUCGUCGUCGCUGGCCAAGGAGCCGGUCUCCAGGAGCAUGUCGUGCAAGGCGAUGGCAGGGUCGGCUUCGGCGUCUAAUCACGCGGCCGCUGCCUCCACCAGGGCGGCGUGCUACCCAUCGGCGGCCGUGCCCGACCCGUCCGACCACGUGUGGGCGCACCACUUCAACAUGCUCAACUCCGCGGCGGCCGGCUCGUCCGCGGCGGGCGGCGGCGUCCCGUCGUGCUACGACCCGUCGCGGGGCACCACCUCGUCCCGCGACGAGGCCUCCGUGUCCAUCAGCAACGCGAGCGACAUGGAAGCGACCGAGUGGAUCGAGCAGGACGAGCCGGGCGUCUGCCUCACCAUCCGCGAGCUCGGCGACGGCACCCGCGAGCUUCGCCGGAUCCGGUUCAGCCGAGAGAGGUUUGGCGAGGAUAGAGCGAAGGUCUGGUGGGAGCAGAACAGAGAUAGAAUACAAGCACAGUAUCUGUAACAAGGCAUGCAUCGAGCAAAUCAAGAGAAAAAAGGGAAAUAUAUUAGGCAGAGGUGAUGUCGCUGUUGGUCGUUGAUCCGUUGACCUUGUUACAAUGCAAGGUAAAAAAAAAAAUGAGAGUGAAAAUCGGGAGGGAUAGGAGAGAGAUUUAUCUUGAUGCUGUGCCCCUCUCUGUGUAGACAUGUAUAAACGUGGUGAUGUGUGCUCAGCUGGCUUGGUUGCCGUUUAAAUUUUCCUAGUAAUAUUCGUUGGUUCAAUUUAUUCGUAAACUCGU